UGGGCAGCCUCGGGUAGCGCUAGCCCGCUUAGCUUUGCGGUUGGGCAGCCUCGGGUAGCGCUAGCCCGCUUAGCUUUGCGGUUGGGCAGCCUCGGGUAGCGCUAGCCCGCUUAGCUUAGCGGUUGGGCAGCCUCGGGUAGCGCUAGCCCGCUUAGCUUAGCGGUUGGGCAGCCUCGGGUAGCGCUAGCCCGCUUAGCUUAGCGGGGCUCGUUAAUGGUAACCGCCAGAUAUAAGUCCGGACAAACUUUGCAGGGGCAGAAUGAGGCACUUUAUUGAACCAGCAGCAACUGUCCACGUGCACUGGCUUCCCACUCUUGUCCUGUAUAACUGGCUGUAUCAUCAUGGUGCAUCUCACUAUGCCUCCGCUUCCACACUCAUCUCUGCAACACACACCGCUGCAGCGCUCCUCCUCACGUCACACACACACACACACACACAUACACAAAUGUACACACUAAAUGUAUUGAUGGCAUGAAGCUCACACGUAAAAAUCUAUACAUUAGCCGCAUCGUUGUAUAAGCCGCAGGGUUCAAAGCGUGAGAAAAAAGUAGUGGCUUAUAGUCCGGAAAUUACGGUAAUUUUAUCCCAUCUGCUUGUAUUUCCUCAUAUUAAAUCUGUACAGUAACCAGAGAGACUAAUGCGAUGCAGGUAAAAGUAAAAUAUUCCCUCUGACACGUGGACCACAGUCAACAAAAAGUCACAAACAAGUUCAUCUAAAACAUUUUCAGUCCAUUUUUUUUCCUCAGAUAAAAAUUCUCCUUUAAAUGUUUAAUUUGUUCAUGAGAAAUGUGCUUCUGUUUCACAGCAGCUGAACUGUGGGAACAUUUGUCUUUAUUAAAUACAUUUUUGAGUGAAAAAAGCUAGAAAAGAGUUUGAUAUUCAUCAUUAAUGCGAGCUGUGAGGUUCAGAGCGUCUCCAGCUGCUUCUGUCUGCCCGGAAACUGGUGACUCUGCUCUGUGAUUGGUGCAGUUUGUGUCACUUUCUGUCCGACUACCUGAGAUCCAAAGUUCAACAGCGACACUGUUAUUGCUGCUGCUGCUGAUGAUGAUAGUGAUGAAGAUGUCACAGCUGCUCCUCAUCCUCUGCUGCAUCCUCUGGGUCUCUGCUGAAGAUCUUCAUGAGGAUCUUGUGGUCGGUGGCUGUUCAGACUCUGAUGGAGAGAUGUUGUACACACUGGACCGUGAAGAGGUUUGGUACGCAGACUUCAUCAGCCAGAAAGGAGUCAUGCCUCAGCCAGACUUCAUAGAUCCAAUUAGUAUCCCAGGAGCUUAUGAAGAGGCUGUGGCUGAGCAACAAGUCUGCAGACAGAACCUGAAGACGUGUCGAAUCGCAAUGAAGGACCUCCCAGUGGAACAGGAUCCUCCCUCCGACCCGAUCAUCUACAUCAGAGACACCUUGGAGCUCAGAAUGAAGAACACGCUUAUCUGUCAUGUGACUGGGUUCUAUCCGGCCCCCGUCGAAGUCUUCUGGACCAAGAAUGGAGAGAACGUGACCGACGGAACCAGCAUCAACGUUCCCUUCCCCAACAAAGAUGGUUCCUUCACCCAGAUCUCCAGACUGGACUUCAUCCCACAGCUAGGAGACAUCUACAUGUGUUCAGUGGAACAUGUAGCCCUGAGCCAACCACUGACUGCAAUGUGGGAUGUCCAGACAACUCCGCCCAGUGUUGGACCUGCAGUGUUCUGUGGAAUUGGUCUGACUGUCGGUCUGCUCGGCGUUGCAGCUGGACUCUUUUUCUUCAUCAAAGGACACAAACGCAGCUGAUUGGUCGAGGCGGAUGAUGCCAUCAGUGUUUGGUGUAGAUCUAUCUGGAGAUAAUCCAGGUGUUUCCCUUUUCAUUGUCAAUGAAUGUACUCUUGCUUCAUCCACAUGAGUCAAACUUCUUCACUGUUCUUUCAGUGUUUAGUUUGAACAACCGGUUUCACAUGAUUCCACCUGAAGAUCAACUCUGACUGUUCUCUGCAGUUCAGCUGCUGCAACAAGAGCCUGAAGUGUCUGCUCCAUCAAAUCAUCAAAUCUGUUUCAGUUCAGUUCCAUGCUCAGUGUUUCUCCUUUCUGAUGGCUGUGAUCAGUUUCUGUUCAGUCUGAAAGGUUUCUGUUCCCUCUGACCCCCAAAACCUCAGUUCUGUUACCGUUACUCAGACUCCUUGUUAGACUUCAGUGAAAAUGAGCAUCUGUGAUACAACCAGCUGCUGUGAAUCUAAAUACCGUAAUUUCCGGACUAUUGAGCGCACCGGAAUAUAAGCCUCACCCACUAAAUUUAAAAAGAAAAAAAGUUUUGUACACAUACAAGUCGCACCUGACUAUAAGCCACAGGUGUAUCGUAUAGCUGUAUCGUGCAUAUAUAGUAUAUGCACGAUGCGGCGCGGAUGUCCGCGCUGUAUCGUAAACGCGGAUGUCCACGCUGUAUUGUGCAUAUAUAUAAUAUAUGCAUAUACUAUAUAUGCACGAUACAGCGCGGAUGUCCAUGCGUGUUCCGCGCUCCACUCGGACGGUGAUUUCUGUUGCAUUGCGCGCUCACUUCCGCUUUUGAUGACGUAUCGUGCUCAGGCGAUUAGUCGACGCGUCGUUUGUGGCAGCCCUAUUCUGUACACAGGUUUAAACCAGUGUAAACUGAUAUAAAUUAGUUAUAAAAGGUGUAAGCUGGUCUGUUAACUGUUUAAACUAGUGUAAACUGGUGUAAACUAAUUUACCUGGUGUAAACUGCUCUGUUAACUGUUUCAUACCAGUGUAAACUGAUAUAAACUGGUUUAAUCAGGUGUAAACUCAUAUGUUUAAAACUGGUGUAAACUGGCCUGUGAACUGUACUAAACUGGUGCAAUCUGGAAUAAACUAGUUUAACUGA